UAAAUAAUAUAUUGGGAAGAGAUGCCAGAAGACAAUGAAACCACAGUGACCCAGUUUGUCCUCUUGGGGUUUGCCAGCAGCCCAGCAAUCCAAGUUGUCUUCUUUGUGAUCUUUCUGAUACUCUACAGCAUGGUUCUGCUGGGGAACAUUGGGCUGAUGGUUCUGAUUCGAACCAGCCCCCAGCUCCGCACCCCAAUGUACUUCUUCCUCAGCAAUUUGUCAUUGGUGGAUCUCUGCUAUUGCUCUGUGAUCGUCCCAAAGAUGCUGGCCAAUUUCUUGGCAGAAAAAAAGAGUAUUUCCUAUGCUGGCUGUGGGCUGCAGUUUUACUUCUUCUGCACCUUUGCUGAUACAGAGUCUUUCAUCCUUGCCACAAUGGCGUACGACCGUUAUGUAGCCAUCUGCAACCCACUGCUUUAUACUGCUGUCAUGUCCCCAAGGGUCUGUAUCCGGCUGGUUGCACUCUCUUACCUUGGCGGUACAUUGAGUGCUCUCGUCCACACAUGCUUUGCCUUCAGGCUGUCCUUCUGUGGCCCAAAUGUCAUCAAUCACUUCUUCUGUGACCUUCCGCUGCUCCUCAAGCUCUCAUGCUCAGACACUUCCCUUAAUGAGCUCCUGCUCUACACUUACGGUAGCUCAGUGGAAAUCAUGUCCUCAAUCAUCAUCAUCAUCUCGUACGUCCUCAUUGUCAUCUCUGUCCUGAAGAUGCGUUCUGCUGCAGCAAGGAGCAAGACGUUCUCCACCUGUGCCUCUCACUUGACUUCGGUCAUCAUCUAUGAGGGAACUCUCCUCUUCAUCUACUCCCGCCCUAGUUCCUGGUACUCCCCCACUUCCGACAAAUACAUCUCUGUCUUCUACACAAUUUUUGUCCCUGUACUGAACCCCCUAAUUUACAGCCUGAGGAACAAAGAUGUGAAAGAUGCCCUGAGGAAAACAAUAGGCACUAAAGUCUUUGUUCAUUGA